CGAUGAUAAAGCUGAAUGCGCAGGCGAAGCAUUCGCACGUUACUGGCACAGAGGUGAGUGAAUACGGUGUCUUGAGUCAUUAAAAUAAAGACACCUUCCAAUUGUUCGUGCCUUGCAUUCUGGGUACGAGUGGUUUCACUUAGCGGUUUGAAAUGACACUGUCGCCUGGUGCCUGCGACACUCAUCAGGGCCCCACACGUGACGUCCUCAUUUUAAACCUGUCGCACCGGCAGCCAGAGGUGCCUCAGGUAUAUCACCAUUUUUGUGCUAGGUUAGGUGCUUGCGAACAACUAUAGGGCCAGACUGUCUGCCUGAUUGCAGAAACUCCCAAGAUUAAAAAUUGGCGGCUGAUCCUGAUUUCAGAUGCAAUGUCCUGGAGCCUCAGUGAGAGCAGGUCGAGCGCUGCCUGACUGCUGCAAUUACAACUCCGUGACGCCGGAGUUUGAAUUUCCCGAGACACGAAGCACAGCCGGUUUCAUGCUCCCUGAUAUGGCCCCAGAACAUAUUUCCAGGCCAAUGCUGCAAUACAAGCACAUUGUACUAUCCCUGAACUCUAGACGUGGCAUUGCCACUAUCCUUUUGAACCAGCAUAGCAUGUCUUCGACAGGCACGUUGAAAACAGAGAAGCUCUUAUUAUGCAACACUAGGGCUUCGUCCGGACGUGUGUACAAGCGGGUCGGAUCACAAUGCUUGUGGGCCUUGCGGUCCAUCCUGGUCCGCUUCACUGGCAACGUCUCCAGUAUGAUCUCAUUUUAUGUUGAUUCAAAGGGACCCUCGACUGCCUCAUCCUUCGAUGGUAUUCUUUGCCGAACAAACAGAUCUGAAUUCCUGUAUCACGUGUGGUGCCGGGCAUAAGAUACCACGUCCCUGGAACGGGGUUGAGCGAUGCGGCAGCUCCCGGCAGGAAACGUGAGGCUGUAGCUGUGCCACGUCGGGCUUGUACGCGCUACUGUCAUGACAAACUGUACUGGCCUUUGGUUGCCAUAUAUAUAGUGCUACAACGACACGUGUCGGCAGCCCUGGUCAUGUUUCAGAGGGGUCCGUCAGAAGGUAUCACAACAGCCUGUUCUCGAGUCUCGUGACAAUUUAGAGAGCCUCAUACGCCUAUGGCUUUGCUCACCGCUGGUGUAGAGAUAUGCUUGCAUUAUCACAGGGCUGUUAGGUACCCUUUGCACUGAGGCACUGCCUCCCGGACUUGGUUACAAAAUAGGGCGAACCACCCGAUACAUACUGCUUAGAUGGCUAUUCCUCAACAAGGCCGAGAAAGGCACAGUAGUCCUUUUUGCAGCCGCCUCUGACCCUUACACAGUCUCAAUAUCACGAUCUUCUUUCGUGACUUUGUCCCUGCGCUCCUGCUCCUUUCGACCCUGUUCAAGCACCUUCCUUCUCUCUUCCCUCUGUUUCCUCUGACCAACAACAAAGGCUCCCAGAGGAGUGUCUUGCCACUGGACAUCUUUGAGGAACCCUUCGACCUCUGCACGAUCCUUGGGAGAAAAGUUGAUUUUGUUUCUCCUCUCCUCGAUCCACUUGGCAUUGGCCUCGGACUUUUGCACAAGUAGUAAAAGGGCUUGAUUUAGCUUGGCGUUUUUGUUUCCAGUGGGCUUUGACGCCGUUUUCAACCAUCUUUUCAACAUGACGAUGGUGGGAAGCUGAAGCUCCGGGUAUGCAAUGCUCUUGGCCCAAAGCACAAAGAAUUCGGAGAACAAUUCAGCCACCUGUUCACCGACACCUUCCUGGUAGACUUUCGUCUUGAGGUACGAAGCCGGGGCCCUGAUGUUGGAUUCAAAAUCCAGUGGCCGAAUCGUCGCUGCCUUGGCGGACUUUUUCAUCUCUGCCGAGUUAAGCACCUCCAACAGAGCUGCUGAUAGCGGAAUGUAUGUUUCAGUGGCCUGCGAGAUUCGAAGCAGAGAUCGCAUAAGCUGGAACCGAAGAGGGAAGUAUGUUGACGUUGGGAUAAGCCUCAUCACCCCAAGAGUUACUUGAACAACGGGAUAAAUCAAAGGACGUAGUUGCGACGGCUUGCCGUUCUGUGCUUCAAGUAGAGAGUUGCAGUGCAUGGACAGGACUCGCGACCAGAAGUCAAGAGAAUGGACGAAUUGCCAAUUGUAUAUGGUCUUGUAGGACUCUUUGGUGGGCUUGGUAAUGUUGGUCCGGAGAUGGAUGGCAAGUUGACGGAUGAAGGUGAAGCCCGUGGUAUAGCCAACCUUUUGGUCCAAGCCCCAGAUUUCGGCAGCCGAGUUCUUCAUGAGGUUGAUGCCGGCCAGGGUAUGAAUGGUUGUAUUGCGACUUCCUUUGACCACCCCUUCAUAGGUAGACUUCAAGACAACUUCCCGAAUCCCAGCAUCUCCAAUCACCAUGAGCC